AUGGCAGCCACGGAUUUAUUACAGGGGCCUCCACCCAGCUUGGCGGACUUUCGACUUGAAGUAGAGGAAGGAAACCAAGAAGGCAGUCCUGGGAGCAGGGAGCCCAGGGGUGCUGCCAGCGGCCCCAAGAUGGCCAAGUUUCUUUCCCAGGACCAAAUUAAUGAGUACAAGGAAUGCUUCUCCCUCUACGACAAGCAGCAGCGGGGGAAGAUAAAAGCCACUGACCUCAUCGUGGUGAUGAGGUGCCUGGGGGCCAGUCCCACGCCAGGGGAGGUUCGACGGCACCUGCAGACUCAUAGGAUAGACAGAAAUGGAGAGCUGGAUUUCUCCACUUUCCUGACCAUUAUGCACAUGCAAAUAAAACAAGAGGACCCAAAGAAAGAAAUCCUUUUGGCCAUGUUGAUGGCAGACAAGGAGAAGAAAGGCUACAUCAUGGCAUCCGAGCUGCGGUCAAAACUCAUGAGGCUGGGGGAGAAGCUCACCCACAAGGAAGUGGAUGAUCUUUUCAGGGAAACAAAUAUCGAACCAAAUGGCAAAGUGAAGUAUGAUGAGUUUAUCUACAAGAUCACCAUCCCUGUGCAGGACUACUGAAUGAAGAGACUCCAAGGGCGCCUCCCCUGGGCCUGGAAAUCAGAUGGAUGAAUUUUUAAAAAGAAAAGUGUUUCUUUCACCCUAGGGAGACAACGCAGUGGCAAGAUAACAUUACCUGACUGUAGCAGAGGAUUAAUUAACGAUGAAAAUAAAUGAUUUUGGCCAUGAU